ACUCCAGUUGCGUCUGAAAUUAAAGCUUUUCCAACAAAUGUAAAUGUGAGAAAAGGAAACACAAAAGAAGAAAAGCUAAAAACAUUCGUCAAAUUCAAUUCUUUGGAAUUUGGUUUUGUGAAGGGGAGAGAGCUUACAGUAAUGGCAGCUCCUCGGAACUUAACCGGUGACAGCGGCGGAAAGCUAGUCGUGAAGGACGAAGAAAGCGCCGCCGCUUCUUCCUCGAAACGCACCAAAUCGGAACGCUUUCCUCUUUCACGUUGGGAAUUCGUCGUGUUUUUCACCGUCUUCCUCGUCUUCACCACCGGACUUCUCUGUAUUUACCUUACUAUGCCGGCCGCUGAAUACGGCAAGCUCAAACUUCCUAGAACCAUCUCCGAUCUCCGAUUGCUCAAAGAUAAUCUUGGGUCUUAUGCAAGUGAGUAUCCAGCAAGAUUCAUUUUAGGUUAUUGUUCCACAUAUAUCUUUAUGCAAACCUUCAUGAUACCUGGAACAAUCUUUAUGUCAUUACUUGCCGGAGCCCUUUUCGGUGUGGUUAGAGGUUUUGUUCUUGUCGUCCUCAAUGCAACUGCUGGAGCCUGCUCUUGUUUCUUCUUAUCAAAAUUGGUCGGAAGGCCUCUGGUUUGCUGGCUGUGGCCUGAGAAGUUGAGGUUUUUCCAAGCCGAGAUUGGGAAAAGAAGAGAUAAGCUACUAAACUACAUGCUAUUCUUAAGGAUAACACCGACACUUCCAAACCUCUUCAUCAAUUUGUCUUCUCCGAUCGUUGACAUACCUUUUCACGUCUUCUUUUUAGCGACUCUAGUCGGUCUUAUGCCAGCUUCGUACAUCACCGUUAGAGCUGGUCUGGCUCUUGGAGAUCUCAAGUCAGUGAAAGAUCUGUAUGAUUUCAAGACUUUGUCAGUGUUAUUCCUCAUUGGAUCCAUCUCCAUAUUCCCUGCUCUGCUAAAGAGAAAGAGAGUAUAUGAAUAAAGACUGGAAAUACAUUGAUGAGCAGCACUAUACUGUUGCAUUCCGGGGUUUUUAAGGUGUUUAUGUGCUCGAGCUAAAGAAGAAGAUCGCUUUGGAGACAUCACAGGGUAUUAAACCGCUAACUCUGGCUUUGAUUGGUUUAUCACUUUGUUGUGGAUUCGAAAUUCUUUCUCUCUAGUCUCUCUCAUUCCCUUUUUAUUAAGUGCUUUGUCUAGCUACUGUAUUAUAUCUUUAUUCAGAUAUCUGACUCUUCAGCCUAUUGGCUUAUGUAGUAUAGAUUAUGUAAAUGCUUGAAGACAUUACUUUGACCAUAAUUUCUAGCUAGUUGUAUCAGUUUAA